AAUACAAGGAUGGUGUAUCAAGGACGCCGUCGGGCGCUGGUGCAAGCUGCCGAGGCUGCCGCAGCGGCCCUCCCUCCUGAGAAGAAGAAGGACAAUGAAGAGACUGGCGAAGAGGAGGGGAAGGAGAACGAUCCGAAGAAAGAGGCCAUUCAAGCUGCUGGCUUGUUGACUCCCACCAAACCAACGAUCGUGCGUCGGACAUUUGAACCCCUCCCUGAAACUGCUCAAGUCAUUCGCAUUCGCGAGAAACUCGCCCGCAAACAUGCCGAUGCAGCGCCUCUGAAUCUUUUGCCGGCGCCCCCACCGUCUGCUGAGAAAAGUUCGACACGCAAGGUCGAUCUGCUCACACCGCCACCCAAGGGCAAGCGCAAGCGUGAGCCCGACGUGCCGACGUCAGCUUCGCCUUCCUCUUCGCAACCCACGAUCAUCAACACGUGCGGCCGCGGUGUAGACGCCAAGCGCGCAAAGGUGGCCGUGGAAGCCCAAAUGAAGCGGUUGCAGUCGCGCCAAAAAGCAGCCACCACGACCACAAAAACCCCGUAGCGCGCUCCGUCGGCAUCAAGUUGAUGGUAAUCUCAUUUAAUUUAAAUCACUUUCGGGGUAAAACGUAUCGUGGGCCGAAGGCUUAGCGAGGAAGGCUCUCGCGCUGCGUCGUUUGCGGCAACGUCUUCGUUGUGGACCAGCGCGGUCGGUGGCGGUGGACCGCUGAGCUUGCGCCCACCAGCGACGCCUUUCGUAAACUCGUGCUUUCGCCGGCAAGCUGGGCCGUCAGCGCAGUACCCACGCAGAGAAAAGGCAUCGCAUAGAGCAGCAUCGCGACUUACAUUCACAUGGCGAUAGUGACAGCCUUCGCGAGAGCAGAGGCCCUUGAGGAACAUGGCGCAGUCGGGCAUCUUGUGCUGCGCAUAUCAACAAAGCAUACAAGGCAAAGAAAGCCGUACCUGGUCGGGACAAUGCGAUAAUUUGCACGUGGAGGCAUCAUGUGGGCAUGCGUCGCGAAGGAAGGGCCGGCAGAUGGACUUGGUGCGGCUGUCGUGAACGAACAAGCAAUCGUGCUUGUGUUUGCAUUCGCCAUGUUUGAUGUAAAAGAGGCAAAGUUCGGUACGCGGGGGCGGGACGAGAGGACGGGGAUGCUGGAGAGAGCGCGGCGGCGGUUGUGUCGGGAGACUCGAAGGCGUAUGUACAGGAAGAGGUGGGGGCGCUGCCGCAGAAGGUUGGGUCUGCAGUUGCCUCGUCGUCGCAAUGGCUGCACUCACUUCGAUGGCAGACUUGGGGGGUGCAUCUUCCCGGCGCAGCUUGAAGCCACGUCCCAUUUUUCGAUAUGUACCAUCGUCAAGAGAGAGGGUUGUUGUGGACAAUGGUCGUUUCUGCGAGAUAGAUGUAGCUGGAGCAGAAGGCACGGGGACAGUGAGAGCAACUGUAGACGAUGUCAUUGACUGGUUCAAGGAAGAAGGAGAAGCGGAUUCAGAGGGCUUCCACGUGAGGUUGCGGGGUUUACGUGGAGGUCGGAAGGCAGGAGUGUUGAGAGAUCGGUGCCGCGGUGGGGCAUGGAAAGUGUGGCGUGCGUGACGUUGUUGGUGGGGUGCGUGGGCGAGGCUCGUGUGCCUUUGUGGUACCCGUGGAGCAGUCUGCCGGUCUUGAGAAUCAAGAAGGGUCUUUAAUGCAGCAAUCCGCGCGCGGACGACGGCUUCUUCCGUUGCCAUUGCUU